UUUAUUUUUAAUCAGAACAUGUCUUCAGAUUUUGGCAAUCCUUUGAAGAAAUUCAAGCUAGUAUUUCUUGGAGAACAAAGCGUUGGCAAAACUUCCCUCAUCACCAGAUUUAUGUACGACAGUUUUGACAACACAUAUCAGGCGACAAUUGGCAUCGAUUUUCUCAGCAAAACAAUGUAUCUUGAAGACAGAACUGAGCGUUUUCGAUCUCUUAUUCCUUCCUAUAUUCGUGAUUCUACAGUUGCUGUUGUUGUCUAUGAUAUUACAAACGCCAACUCUUUCCAUCAAACUUCCAAAUGGAUUGACGAUGUUCGCACUGAACGCGGAAGUGACGUUAUUAUUAUGCUUGUUGGAAAUAAGACUGAUUUGACUGAAAAACGCCAAGUCUCCACAGAGGAAGGGGAACAGAAGGCUAAAGAGCUUAAUGUAAUGUUUAUUGAGACGUCGGCAAAGGCGGGUUAUAAUGUUAAACAUCUCUUUCGACGAAUAGCUAGUGCAUUGCCUGGAAUUGACGUUGAAAAACCUUCAGACGCCAAACAAGUUGUUGACAUUGGACCGAUUAAACCACGCCAAAUUGUUACGGAAGAAGGAUCUUGUUGGUGUUGA